CAGAGCCAAUCGACAGAGGCGGGAAGGCGGGGGAGCGGCUGGAAGGGCUGAGUGUGAGGUGAAUGGGGGGCCGCGUGCCGAGAGGCUAUAAGAACCUUGAAGCCGGCGCGCGCUGCUGCAGACAGAGCAGACGGUUUGCGGGAGUUGAGGCUGGUGUCGCGCGCAGCAACUGUUUCAGGAUUUUUCUGGGGGGUGCUGCUGCCGCCGCCGCCGCCGUUUCCUGCCACCUGCCGCGCGCUUUCGUUCGCGUUCUCUCGGAGUCAUCAUGAAGACCAAGUUCUGUAACGGGGGUGAGGCCGACCCUUCCCCGCUGGGGCUCCUGCUGGGAUGCAGCUCGGGCCCGGUCCUGCCCGCCCUCACCCAGACGCCCUCGUCUCCGGCGUCGCCACCUUCCCCUCACGCCGAGGCCGAAGCGAAGGAGCUGGGGCUCCGGGGGCGGGAGCAGCAACAGCAGCCCCUGCUUCUCGCCCUGCCGCCGCCCUCCCCGACCCCGCCCUCCCCGCCGCUGGAAGAGCAGUCCGACCCCCGCACCCGCCGCAAGGCGUAUCUGUGGUGUAAAGAGUUCUUGCCGGGGGCGUGGCGAGGACUGCGGGAGGAGCAGCUGCGCAUCACCCCCAUCAGAGGAGGCCUCAGCAACAUGCUAUUCCAGUGCUCAUUGCCUGAUACCCUAGAGACUGUUGCAGAUGAACCGCGCACAAUUCUUCUUCGUUUAUAUGGUGCAAUUCUACAAAUGAGGUCCUGUAAUAAAGGAGGAUCUGGACAGGCUCAGAAGGAAAAUGAUUUACAAGGUGCAGAAGCUGUGGUUCUGGAGAGCGUUAUGUUUGCCAUUCUUGCAGAGAGAUCGCUUGGACCAAAGCUCUAUGGAAUUUUUCCGCAAGGACGGCUGGAGGAAUUCAUUCCUAGUAGAAAGUUGGACACAGAGGAACUUGGCUUCCCUGAUAUAUCAGCAGAAAUUGCUGAGAAAAUGGCUAGGUUUCAUGGUAUGAAAAUGCCAUUUAAUAAAGAACCUAAGUGGCUCUUCGGAACCAUGGAGAAGUACUUAAACCAAGUGAUGAGAAUCAAGUUUACCAGAGAGUCACGUGUUAGAAAACUGAACAAGAUCCUUGGUUACAACCUGCCUCAAGAAAUGAAAAGCUUACGGUCCUUGCUUGAAGCUACAUCAUCUCCAGUUGUGUUUUGCCAUAAUGACUGCCAAGAAGGAAAUAUCUUGCUGCUUGAAGGCAGAGAAGAUUCUGAGAAGCAAAAACUGAUGCUUAUUGACUUUGAAUACAGCAGCUACAAUUAUAGAGGGUUUGACAUCGGAAAUCAUUUCUGUGAAUGGAUGUAUGACUACGUGUAUGAAAAAUACCCAUUCUUCAAAGCAAACUUUCUUAAUUAUCCCUCAAAGAAGCAACAGCUCCAUUUCAUCUCCAGUUAUCUAGCUGCAUCUCAAAGCGGAUUUGAAAAUCUGAGCAAUGAAGAUAAGUCGAAAAUAGAAGAAGAAAUGUUGAUUGAAGUUAACAGGUUUGCCCUUGCGUCACAUUUCCUCUGGGGUCUGUGGUCCAUUAUACAAGCAAAGAUAUCAGCUAUUGAGUUUGGAUACAUGGACUAUGCACUCUCAAGAUUUGAUGCCUACUUUGAACAGAAGAGGAAGCUCAAAGUGUGAAGGUCAAAGACUAGACAAUCUGUUUCUGUACUGUAUAAGGAAGGCAGCUGGGCAGAAAUUCCACUGUGCUUAGGCUACUGUAGUUGUAAUGAAGGUUUUGCAAAUUCCAACUACUCGGAUGCAAUGCUGAAGACUGCACAAAAUGGUUAUGUUUACUCUUUUAAAGUUUCAUAAGUCUUUGGAAUGAGAAUUGACAGCUUGAAGUAUAAUAUAACAGUGCAAUAUCAAGCUUUUUAAUCUAGAAGGUAUUAUGAGGGAAGCUUUAAGUUUUAAUGUGAACCAUCCCAUACUUCAAGAGCAAACAGUGUUAACUCUGAUUACUUAUUUUUUAACUAAGCUAUUUUUAGUGAAUUAAUGCAUCAUACGUUGCACCAAUUACUGGGAAAAUUCCAGUUCUAUCUAGGGAACACUGUUAUACUGUGAAUCUUGGCUGAAAACCGGUUCAUGAGUGGUUCUCAUGGGUUACACCAAGUCAUUCAUCUCCAAAUAACUACUGGUAGACAUACACUAAUAGCUAAAAAGCAAGGAAACUCUCACAGUCUGCCUUCUGUUUCAAUGCAGAUUCUGUUUGCUUUCACAUUCUGGUAUCUCAGUAGAACAAGGUAACACAGAUAAAUCUCAAACCGGGAAUGCCUACAAGUUGCAUUUCCCUAAUAGCUCAUACCAUACAUUUGACCAAGAGUGUACAUUGGUGUUCAUUGGCUGCCCAGAAAUAGUCCUGCAGUAUUGCAUUGUUCAUGUACAGGGUUUCCUGGGCUGGCAGCACUGGGAUGAGUGCCUUGAAUUCCUCCAGCUGCUCCUCUCUUACUAGGAGGAAGAGAGGGCCAAACUAAAUGGGGAGCAAAUGAAGAAUGUUUGACCAAUAAUGGCAUGGUGGUGCCUUGUGGGGGAGCACAGUGCUCCUCACUUAAACUCCUGACUUGCAGCUUGUUCCACCAGAUGAGAGAAUGAGUCUUGUACAGAAAAUACAUUGAAAUUCAUAUGUGAACUCUACAGUAAGUGUGUGUUCUCUUUGACCAUCCUUAUUUGAAUUGUGCUUUCUGCUAACAUGUAUUGUACAAAUAAAUUUUUUAAGUCUUUACCUUU